GCGACCGAGCGGGCGGGGAGAGAGAAGCGGGGCCGUUGUCCAUGGAGGAGGAAGGGGCGCGGGGACGGCCGGCGGCGGCGGGGGGCGGGCUGAAGGCGGCCGCCGCUGCCGCUGCUCCUGUCGCCCGGCUCGGCCCAUGAGCUCGACCCGAGGCCGCGGCGUCGCGGUGGCGAUGGAUCCCUUCGAGGGCCUGUUGAAGCCGGAGGGCGGCGGCGGCGGCAGCCCGGGCCCCGACUCGGGCCUCGGCCUCGCCGGCCCCUUCUGGACGGCGGUGUUCGAGUACGAGGCGAGCGCCGAGGACGAGCUGAGCCUGCGGCGGGGCGACGUGCUGGAGGUGCUGUCCACCGACGCCAAGGUGUCGGGCGACGAGGGCUGGUGGACGGGCAAGAUCGGCGAGCGCGUCGGCAUCUUCCCGGCCGACUACGUGACCCGCCAGCCGGCCAGACCCAGGCCGGCGGCGGCCGAGGGCGCCGGCCAGGCCACCGAGAUCGAGUUCAGCCAGCUGAGCCUGCAGGAGAUCAUCGGCGUGGGCGGCUUCGGCAAGGUGUACCGAGGCACCUGGCGGGGGCAGCCGGUGGCCGUCAAGGCGGCCCGCCGAGACCCGGACGAGGAGGCUGGCGCCACGGCCGAGAGCGCCCGGCGGGAGGCCCGGCUCUUCUCCAUGCUGCGGCACCGCAACAUCAUCGCGCUGCGCGGCGUGUGCCUGCAGGAGCCCAACCUGUGCCUGGUGAUGGAGUACGCGCAGGGUGGGCCCCUCAACCGGGCGCUGGCCGGACGCCGCAUCCCGCCCCGCACCCUCGUCAACUGGGCCGUGCAGAUCGCCCGGGGCAUGUGCUACCUGCACGCCGAGGCUAUCGUGCCCAUCAUCCACCGAGACCUCAAGUCCAGCAACAUUCUGUUAUUCGAGAAGAUUGAGAACGAUGACAUAGCAAACAAAACACUGAAGAUCACGGAUUUUGGCUUGGCCAGGGAGUGGCAUAAAACAACUAAGAUGAGUGCUGCAGGAACCUAUGCUUGGAUGGCACCAGAGGUUAUAAAAUCAUCCUUGUUUUCCAAAGGCAGUGAUGUCUGGAGCUAUGGAGUGUUGCUCUGGGAGCUGUUGACAGGAGAAGUCCCUUAUCGUGGGAUCGAUGGCCUUGCAGUGGCUUAUGGAGUUGCUGUCAACAAAUUAACCCUUCCUAUUCCGUCUACAUGUCCUGAACCUUUCACCAAAUUAAUGGAAGAGUGCUGGGACCAGGAUCCUCAUGUCCGUCCAUCAUUUGGUACCAUUUUGGAGCAGCUCACUGCUAUUGAGUCGACAGUCAUAACUGAUAUGCCCCAGGAGUCUUUUCAUUCCAUGCAGGAUGAUUGGAAGAUGGAAAUACAGCAAAUGUUUAAUGAGUUAAGGACAAAGGAAAAGGAGUUGAGGUCACGGGAGGAGGAGCUGACAAGGGCCGAGUUACAGCAGAAGUCCCACGAGGAGCUGCUGAAGCGACGGGAGCAGCAGUUGGCAGAACGGGAAAUCGAUGUGCUGGAGCGCGAGCUGAACAUUCUCAUCUUCCAGAUGAACCAAGAGAAACCAAAAGUGAAGAAAAGAAAAGGCAAGUUCAGGAAAAACCGGCUAAAGCUAAAAGAUGGAAACCGAAUCAGUUUGCCUUCAGAUUUUCAGCACAAGAUCACCGUUCAAGCCUCUCCAACUCUUGACAAGCGGAAAAGCUUGAAUGGCAGCAGUUGCAGUCCGCCAAGCAGCCCCACCAUCAUCCCACGGCUCAGAGCUAUACAGCUGAGUUCCAAAGCUGAUGCUGCCAAUUCCAGUGCCUUCCGCAACAGCAUAUAUGUUUACCAACAGGAUGUGGAUAUCGCAAGUGAAUGUACAAGCAAAUCCCUCAGUAGGGCUAAGACAAAAGUUACCCUUGAUGAGAGCAAUAGAACCUGGGGUAAAAGCACGGUCUACCGGCAGGAAGAUUAUGAUGAAGACGUGCAGAAAGCUUGCAAGAAGAAAGGGCGGACGUGGGGACCUAGUUCUAUGCAAACCAAGGAGCGGGCCAGUUGUGAGGAAAGGACAAGGCCUUUGUCAGAUGGAAACAAUCCAUGGUCUACAAGUUUAUUGAAGACUCCAACUUUACCUCUGACCUCAGUUUUUGCAAAUUUUGCGGACCAGGGGAUUGCGUCUGAGCAGACUCAAGCAGCUGAAGACUACGAGAAUCGACCAAAGCAGUCCAAGUUACCUAAUCAGGUGUAUAUUGAUCUACCUCUUCGUAAAGAUCAUCAGGGAGAGGGAGAUGGUGGCAGCGAAAGCCAGGAGGAGACCACGACAACGCCUGUCAGCUCGGCCAACAGCACCCCGCAGGUCACUCCCACCAACAGCCUGAAGCGACUAAUCCAGAGGAAGAAAACUGAUAUAGUUCUGUAUGGCUGUGCCGUGCUGCUCGCGUCCGUGGCCUUGGGCUUCGACAUCCGAGAAGUGAAUAAAUCGCAGGUUUCGGAGGAGAUUGAAGUCAAGGAGGAGAAGAAGAAGAAGGAGGGGCUCUUUCAGAGAACCAGCAGGUUCCGCAGAAGCACAAGUCCCCCCAACAGGACAGCCUCCAAGAAGGACGAGGCCAACAUUCCCUCACUGAACUCGCAUGCCAUUAAUCUCCUGUCCAUGUCUUCCAUUUCCGAAUGUAAUUCCACCAGAUCCUUGCUCCGGUCGGACAGUGAGGACACAUCCACUUUUAACACGGCACUUGCUCCUGCCACCACCGUCCACAAACUAGAAUUCUUGACUGACAAUCCUCCGAACAGCUCCAUAAACGGGACCCACAAGAAUCUGGAUGAGUUGCCUUUGUCGGACACUGAGAAUUUGAAAGAGUUGAGUACAGUGCCUGUAGAGGCAGCUGCUAAACCCACUGGCCAGCUGCCAUCAGAAGGAAGCCCAACCACUAAUGGAGUUGCUGACAUCAGUCCACGUAGAGAGUCUGAGUUCCCACGUCUUCCAGAUCCCAAAUCCCUGUACCCAGCGUCUGCAAGAAGGAGGACUCCUAAAAGGGAUGUGCUGCCUGAGAGACCGAAAUCUGGGGACGCCGUACCCAGGCCACGGCCAUCCCUGCCCCGAAUCAGAACAGACCCCUGGCGAUUUGUGUCGCACUCGAUCAGCCUGAAUGACUCCCCGGAUGCCACAGUGCCUACUUUGGACGCACUCCUCACUGCUGAACGAUGCCCCAGUUUGCCCUUUGGUGCCUGCUCACUACUUGACAUGGACGUUGAAGGCCAAAGCCAGGAUGGCACAGUUCCCCUCUGCAGGGGUGAGUCCCAGCCUGGCAGACCCGGUGGCUUUGAACUGGAGAAAGAGUUUAUGUUUUAGCACUCACUGCCUUGGAGAUGGGACUAUGCAUCUGUUCCUUUAUUUGCAAGAGCAAUUUCAUGAAUGCAUUGAACCUUGUUUGGAAAGAAAAAAAAUGUGAACAGAAUGUAUAUUUUUUUCCCUAGGCGUUUUUCUAUUGUAGCCCAUGUGCUCCUACCUAAUCACAGCAGGCGAAGAAGGUCCUCUCGCGACUUGGCUCUCUUCGUUAACACCCUACCUUCACAUCCUGGACCUGAGCUGGAUUUGAUCUUGGGUAACUGGUACAUGAGCACUACUUUAUCCUGCACUGGCUGUCAGAUUGGAGAAAAGGAAGAUCAAUUUACUCCAUGCGAAACUGGAAGCGCAGUUUUGCGUCUAGCCCAUGGUAUUUUGCACUUUGAAUAUCAAAAUUUAAUCUGUAGUCAUUUCGGGCGGCCUGCUUCAUAUUUAAAGUGAAAGUCUAGUGAGGGUUUCUGGAUGAUUUGCUUGAAGAAACUUGAUUAGUUUGCAUUGAACCAUUACCAUGAUGUAAGGAAGAUAUCUGGGGUAUAGAUUUGAUGCAUGUUUUCAUGCUGUCUUAAAUUUUAUUUCUAUCUGGCAGAGUUUAAGUUGAUCUAUGUCGAGGCAGUAUCCCUUUUAUUUGUUCAGACUGUGGUUCUUGGUGGCAAUGCCAGCAAUUAUUGUCCAAUCCCAAUUGCCCCUGAACCAUUGGUGGGUGUGGGGUCACGUAUAUGGCAGAUGUUCACCCCUAACAAACACUAGUUGACCAGAUGGGCUUUUAUGACAAUCUGGUAGUUUCACAGUCAAUAUUACUGGCUGCAGUAGUUAAUUUUAAUUCCAGAUUUAUUUAAUUACUUGAAUUCGUAUUUCCAGCUGCUGUGGUGGGAUUCAAGUUUGUCCCUGGAUAGCAAUCCAGCAACAACAACUCUGCUACUGUCCCCUUAACAGCUGUUCCACAAGUAUCUCCUCAAAUGCUCUCAGGAGUUUUAGUACUAUGCAAGUUCAGUUAAAUGAUUAUUCAUUAUGCUUUAUCAACUAAAUGUGCUCCAAAAACUGUAGGCUAUUUGCACAGAUUAUGAAAGGUUCUUUGUCAAAAUAAAUCAUUACUAAAGUUCCCACCAAUGGCUUGUGUGUAGAGAAGUGACACUCAGGCACACAGUCCCAGCAUGUCUCAGGCGGAGGUGGUGGUUGUGGUUGCUACAAUUGAUUGUAGCACUGCUGCCUGUGCAGUUGUGUUCACCCUGUGGUGGGUUCUUUCCACAACUGUGAGCCUUGAUGGAAUGGCACUGGAAAAUGUUUUUGCAGUCAUUGCUAACUGCUGAGGCCCACAACAGAACUCUGGCAAUCUAGGCAAUGGGCUGUAUUUGGAGCUACCUGUCAGUGAGGAAACAAAUACCUUUCAAGAAAAGAUUUUUCCAAGCUAAGGGAAAAAAUUGAGUAAACAAAAGGGAUACUUCCUGUUGUUCUAUUGCAAUAAUACAUUGACCAUAACACAGAGCAAACUCUACCACAUGGAAAAAGAGCUCAAAUAUCAAGACCUUGCCACUUGGAUGUGGUCUUGAUGUACAAUCGUUUCUCAGCCUACAACCUCCUGGUGAUUUAAGGGGGCUAUCUUUCAAAUUACCCAGCUCUGGGAUCAAUGGCUCACUAUUUUUAGAAGUUAAAUUUCAGAAGUUAAAUUGUAGCCAAGAAUGCCACCUAAGGAUUUUAUCUUUGAAGGUUACGGUGAAUACCAUUCGAACACUGGAAAUAGUUGAUUAACUGUUUUACAGAGCUUCCUUGAUUUUAGAGAAAAAAAUAGCUGCUCAGGCUUUGUGAAUAGCUUAUAGAGCAUGAAUUGGAUUCUACUUGGCUGCUGCCUUAUUUAUUAACAUAUCUUUCAAGCUGCAAAGGUUCAGUCAACUUUUUCUAAAUCAAAACAAAUCUGCUGCUAGUUCUCAACAUUUGUGAUGAGCCUUUGGGGGGGGGGGGGAAAAAAUCUGUAAAAUGUAUUCAUUAUGCUGAAGAUAUAACUUUUACAAAUCUGCGGAUGGUUUUGAACACCUUCUUUCUGGCUGUCGUAGAGUUUGACUGUUUUUUAAUCUGUUCUGACUUGUAGCCCAGUGCCCUCCUAGGUGCAUUCCAAUACCCACCUGGCCUGGCUGAUUAUUACAGAUGCUUCCAGGAUGCAAUUAACUAUUGCCUUCAGCCAUUUAAAGCUGCAAACCAUCAUAUUUUACAAUAUUCAUGUUGAUGUGAAACAGUUUGUAUAUCACAACUGGCUAAUUUAUUAGUAAAUAUUACAUUCCACAGGACAAAUAAGGCCAGAACUUAGUAUUUGGGUUUCUGUACACCAGUUUAGUUUCUAGUACUGGAUUUGUAAAAUAAAAAAUUGUGGGGUAUUGCACUUAAAUGCAUAAGUUAUUCUGUUGCUUCUUAGUUGUGGUUGGGAUUUAUAUUGAGCUUCAAGGGCUAAUAAGCAUUACAUCAUGGCAAUGUAGCCUGAGAGUCUGUGUGCAGUUUAAUGCCACUGUCGAUUUACUGAUCUGCCUUCAUUUCCUUUUGCCUCCUGAUCUGAUUCCAUUAUUCCUGACCUCCCUCUACAGUUCUGCGGCUGUCCUGAUUUGGUUCAGUCUGGCCGUGUGGUUGGGCGAUGUUUGGUGCUAGAGUUCCAGACAGGGUAUAAGCUUCAUUCAAUAGCAGUUGAAACUGAGUGUAAGGAGCAUCAGUUCCUCGUGUUAAACGGAAAAGGGAUCAGUGGGAGGACUCUGUAUCCCUGCUGAUUGUGCCUAUUUUUAUACAAAUCAUUUUAUGUACCAGCAGUCAUUUACAACCAGAGGGUUACUAAGGUUGAUUCAGAAUUUAAGGGUGUAUUUUUCACAAUCAGAGAAUGUCAUAUUGUUUAAAACCUGUCUGAUAAUUGAACUAAUGUAGAAACUGUUCCAAUUUCUGAUCUAUAAUCCAACUGAUUCAUCUCAGUGUUAACAUGUAUUUUAAGAACUAGCUACUUUUUUUGCAUAACUGGAUGUUGGAAUAUCAUCACCUUUUUACCUCUGUUCAAAUACAAUUAGUUUUUUUGAAAGCUUAAUUACUGUACAUUCAGUGUGACUGAUUCUUAUCCUUGCUACUCAAAUCAUAUGAUAUACUUGUGCUUUGAUUUUUUUUGGUAAAAUACAUAAGCUUUUUGUACCACUUUAUAAAUCAUCUGUCAAAGGUCUUUUCACUUGAAGAUGCUGCUUUAUAUAUUUGUUUAGUUGUAUUUUUACUGCAGUUUGAGACUUUGAAUAAUAUUUAUGUAAAAUCUUAGGUAUUAAGUAAGAAUGUGUUUUAUAUUUUGCCAAGCAGGCUUGGUCUAUGUCAAGUCCCAGAAAAGGAUAAUGGUAGUUCUUUUUGGGAAGCUUGAUAUCAGAGUACGUGUAUUGCCCAUUUUGUUUCCCUUCUAAAUGUAUCUUUGGUUCAAAAACCCUUAAUAAAUAUUAAAAAGAGAUCCUUAUUUUGAUUUCACAAUCAUGUCUUGUAAAAACAAUAAUUGCAGAAUCUGAUUCCCUUUGAACAGUUUAGUCUUAAAGUAAAACAGUUCUUGGAAACGAGACUUGAUCAGUGCCACAAUUUACAUUGGGUGAAAUUAUCUCUUCACUUCGGGUUCACGCCAUAAAUUACAGAAACACGACUAUGCUAAAUGGCCCCUCAGAGAUUAAUUUAAUUAGAUCAUAGCCAAUCUGUGCUUCCAAUAACCUGUUGACCAAUAAAAUUGAUUAAAACCUCAUUUGAAGUACCUGUUCAUUAAAAUUCUGUCAAAUUUAACUUGAUCCCCAAUAUAUUUGGGGAAAAUUGCUCUAUCUUUCCACUAUUUUUAGGUUGGAAAAAACAUCCUGAUUUCU